AUGUCGACUUGGACAAGUCAGACACAGAUGGAGCAGCCUACACUUUUUGAGCCCGGGACCGAUCCCAAAGAUGCUGAUGGAGAUGCACACUCGCGGAAAUCACAUCCAAUCUUUGAUGCUAUCAAAUCAGGGAUGUUGGUUCCUGUGCAGGCAAUUGUUGAACAAGAGGGACCAGACAUUCUCUCUAUGCGAGAUGAAAAGGGACACACACCGGCCCACUGGGCUUGUCUGGGAGGCCACACAGCUGUUUUAAGAUAUCUACUCGAACACAAAGGCCCAGUAAAUGAGCCAAGCAACAAUGAUCUUGGUGCCCGGCCAAUUCACUGGGCAUGUGUGAACGGACAUAUAGCAAUUGGAGACAUUCUUAUACAAGCUGGUGUUAGUUUAGAUGUUACUGACAAUAAGGGUUGUACACCACUAAUUGUGGCAGCCCAGUAUGGACAGACUAUGUUAGCUGGGUACUUAAUGGGUAAAGGUGCCAGGUUACAGAUGGUGGACAGAGAUGGUGAUACAGCACUGCAUUGGGCAGCCUUUAAAGGAAAGUCCGAGUUGAUGAGAUUAUUGAUCUAUUCUGGAUUCAAUCCACGACAAAAAGACAAUUUUGGUCAAACACCACUUCAUUUAGCUUGUAUCAAUGGUGACUUGACCAGUGUGCGAGAAUUAUGUGAACAAGAUGGAGUAGAGCUAGGGCUGCCAGAUAAGAACGGAAAGACCCCACUGAUGUUGGCUACAGGUCGUAAACAUAUUGCUGUCAUAGAUUAUCUCAAGGCAGAGCUCAAACAGAAAAGUAGUUUUAUGCCAAAAAUAGAUUUUUGGUCAAUAGUAUUUGGACCACCUGGGAACAGUAAAGGUCCACUGUUAUUCUUCUUCUGUAAUCUCCUUUUGUGGGGCUACCCCAUGUAUAUUAUUAAGUGCCUGCCAUACACUUGGUACGAUCUACAGCUGGUGCACACUGUGUUCUUCUUCAUGAAUGUAGUCAUGUGGUUCUGCCUAUUCCACUGCAGUACGACAGACCCAGGCUAUCUGCCUCGCAAUAUACCAGAAUAUGACAUGGCUAUUAAACAGGUUGCACAUUUUGAUGAAUGGAAACAAGGAGAUAACCCAUUGAGCCGUCUGUGUCAUACAUGUCGGACAGUGAAACCGCUGCGAUCGAAACAUUGUAAAGUUUGUAACAGAUGUGUGAAGGUGUUUGAUCAUCACUGUCCCUACAUAUACAACUGUGUCGGAGUGAACAACAGAGUUACAUUUACAGGUUUCUGUUACACUGUGAUGAUUAAUGGUCUCUUAACCAUCUACCUUAGUCUCUACACACUCAGUGUCACUGAGGAAGAAUGGAACAUUGUCUACAUGUUCUAUAUGGCUGUCGGGAUCUUCUUUGAGGGUGUCUCCAGCUACGUGUUUUGGUCAAUGAUGUACUUGGCAUAUUCAAACCUAACAACAAAUGAGUCUAUAAACUACAAACGGUACAAGCAUAUGAAGGACAAGAACGGCAACUACAAAAAUCCCUUCGACUCUGGCUGGAAAUUGAACAUUCUCGAGUUCUUCAAAAUUAUUCCACAGCCUCCUGAAUAUCUUGAUCCAGAUGAUUAUAAUGAAACUCCACUUUCCACGCUUGUAACAACAUUACAGUCAAUGAGAGAAUCAAUCAUAAACGAUAUGGCUACCUUAAAGAUGGAAAGGGACAGUUCUACAACCCCUUUAACCGAGGUGUAGGCAAAAAUCUAAAGGAAUAUUUCCACCUAAUCCGUCCAUUUGAGGAGAGAGACGUUGAAUUACUUAGUGUGAGAACAGUCUGAUGUGAUUUGUGGACUUUUUUUUGUGAAAUUUAAAGAAAUGUGACUUAAAAGAGGCAGCCUGAAAGUUGGGUUGGUAGGAUAGUGUUCAGACAGUGAUGUCUUGCAUACUGGCUUAGAGACUGAUGUUUAUGCAGGUGCUGACAAUAUUUGUCCAGCAUUCUGUAGUGACUAACAGCAAAUGGCACCAUGGCAAAACGUAAUUUUGAAUAAAUUCAGACACUACUAUAAGAAAAAUAUGUGCUUUAAAGGAAGUCAUUCAUUUCAUUUUAUUUCUUGUACUUUUUGGAGAAUGGUAUGCAAAAAAAAAAGAAUCUUUUCCCUGGUUGUAGGUGGGGAUACGAAUAUCUGUCUCUCGGAUAGCUGCUUUGUCAGUAACUUAGCAGACCCACCGUACCUCCUAGGUAGUGACCAGAGGUGGAUAUUCCUAUCUGUACAGACAUUCUGUGAAAGAUUUUGAUAUUCUGUAUAGGCACGGUGUAUUUUAUGACUGUUCUACUUGUAUUUUCUAUAUAUAUGUCAAGUGUUUGACAGACAUCUUUGUACUGAUUGAAAUUUUGACAGUAUGUGAUGUGUUAAUUGGGAAAUACCUGUAAUUUUUUUUCUGUGUAAGGAAAACUGAACAGCUUCUUGGAAAUUAAACUUGUUUUAUUGUA